AUGUCCUGCCGCUGCCGCAUCGAGUCCAUCGUGGACACGGUCACCCCCUGUGUGCUGCAGGGAGUGAUCACUGGGCUGCGGCCCUCAACACCCAGAAAUGUCCAUGAUGUCUCCACAGCGGAGCAGGUGUGCAGAGACCACAGAAAGAGCGGCAAAGGGAUGGCCCAGAUAGAGACUCACAGAAAGGACCCUAAAGGCAAUGAGGCCCCACAGGGGGCAUUUAGACCCCUGGGGGUCCACGGAGGCCUCUCUUCCUUUGUGCCCAGGCCUGGGCCUCUGCUGAGAGCCGUCCCCCAGAAAGAGAGCUCAGAAGACCCAUACAAUAAGAAGUCCCCCAGCUCCCAUAGGAGCUCUUGUCCCACUCGAAAUGCCAUUACCAGUUCUUACAGUUCCACCAGGGGGUGCCACCCGGUGCAGAGGAAGAGGGGUCUGCCCACAAGUCAGGCCUCACGGCCCCCGAGGUCCCCCAAAAAAGUCUGCCAAGAGAGCCCCUUGUGUCCUGCCGGAGUGCCUGCACUUCGCCAGAAGAACCAGCCGGAAAAGGAUGCCGAUACCACCACGGGGCAGAAGGCAGCGCAGAGGAACUACUCAUCCCCAGCUGACUGUUCCAGGCCCCGAAAACGCAAGUUUCCUCUGCUGCCACACAGGCGAGGGGAGCCUCUGAGGCUGCCAUCACCCCCUGAGCCGGGGUUUCGAGUGACUGCAGAGGACCUGGACCGGGAAAAAAGAGCUGCUCUCCAGCGCAUCCAAGAUGCUCUUCGAGGGGACACAGAGGCCACCUGCAGCUGUGGCCCAGCUAGCUCAUCCAGUGCCUUGGCCCUGCCUGCUGCAGUGGCUGCUCCCCUGCCAGCCUCUGACUCCCAGGUCACCUCCACGGACUGCUCCCGUUCUUCCCAGCCUCUCCUCUUGGGGUCUCACACUGGCAUCAGUGGGAGCAAUGUUGCAUCUACCCAGGCCCUCUCGAAGCCGUCCAGGGAAAUCACAGCCUCAGUCACAGCUCCCUCAGGGCUGCCUGUGCUGCCUGUAGCACCGGAGAGGACGCAAAAGAGCUGCACCGAGCAACAAGCCAUCUCCCUCCACAACACAGCCCACUUUCUUGGGGCCCAAGAGGCAGAGGCUCGGCUGAGCUUCCUGCAGAAGUAG